GGUUCAGAAGAACAUCAUAAUGUCCCACAGGUUGAUCAGCUUUUGAAUAAUAUCAAGGCUGAAGAGACAUAUGUGAGGGGUGAUGAGCAGAGUAUAGAUGACAGUCCUACAGAUAACCACCCAGAUGACUGUACCAGGAGCUCAGAGGAACAUCUGAUAUCUUCAGACUUUAAAGCAGAUGAUCAUGAAGAUACAUAUGAAGAGCAUGUCAUAAUCCUAGAUGUACCCUCGGCCUUUCAUGGCAAAGAUGGAUCAUCUGAUCCUUGGGAUGGGUUCCGAUCUUCUGAUUCAUCACAGACUGUUAGUCACAAAGGGAGUGCUGAACAUCAAGGAAUUCACACAGAAUAUGGGAAAUACGAUAGGGUUAAAUCAGGUCUUGUGACGCAUCAGGGAAUUCACACAGGGGAGAAGUCAUUUUCAUGUUCAGAAUGUGGAAAACGUUUUAACCGUAAAUCAAAUCUUCUUACACAUCAGAGAAUUCACACGGGGGAGAAACCGUUUUCCUGUUCAGAAUGUGGGAAAGGUUUUAACAGUAAAUCAAAUCUUAUUAUGCAUGAGAGAAGUCACACAGGGGAGAAGCCCUUUUCAUGUUCCGAAUGUGGGAAACAUUUUAGCAUUAAAUCCAGUCUUGUAAAACAUAAGAGAAUUCACACAGGGGAGAAGCCAUUUUCAUGUUCAGAGUGUGGAGAAAGUUUUAACGAUCAGACCAUUCUUAUAAGCCAUCAGAGAAUUCACACAGGAGAGAGGCCAUUUUCCUGUUCAGAAUGUGGAAAAUGUUUUACAAUCAAAUCAAACCUUGUUAACCACCAGAGAAUUCACACAGGGGAGAAGCCAUUUUCCUGUUCAGAAUGCGGAGAACGUUUUAACUCUCGAUCAGUCCUUGUAAACCAUCGGAGAAUUCACACAGGGGAGAAACCAUUUUCCUGUUCAGAAUGUGGGAAAUGUUUUAACCGUAGAUCCUAUCUUGUCACACAUCAGAGAAUUCACACGGGGGAGAAGCCGUUUUCCUGUUCAGAAUGUGGAAAAUGUUUUGCAGAUAGACCACAUCUUGUUGCACAUCAGAGAAUUCAUGCUGAGAAGCCAUUUCCCUGUUCAGAUUGUGGGAAAUGGUUUACAGAUACAACACAUCUUGCUACACAUCAGAGAAUUCACACAGGGGAGAAACCAUUUUCCUGUUCAGAUUGUGGGAAAUCUUUCAACCAGAAAGCAAGUCUUGUUAGACAUUGCAGGGGUCACACGGGGGAGAAGUAAUUUUGGUGUUCAGAAUGUGGGAAAUAUUUUAACCUAAAAUCCGAUUUUGAUAAACAUCAGAGAAUUCACACGGGGAGAAGCCAUUUUUCAUGCAUUGACAAUCAACUUAUGGUCUGUGGUAGCGGAAUCCAUAACGAAAUUCUUAGAUAACCUGAACUUGAAAACAGAAGUUCACUCAUCCCUAGUUCUAACCAAAAGUCAGCACUAAUGGCACAUCAAAGAACUUACACGAAACAAUAUUUUCAUGCCCAAAAUGUGGUUAACGACUUACCCACAAGUUACAUAUUCUUACGCAU